CUUCACUUUCUCCUCACCUCUCCUACUUUUUAUCCCUCGGAUUCAGUCCUCGUCCAGUUGCUACGACUCGGAAGAGCACAAUCCAUCAUGCAGUCCUCUUUGCUCCUGCGUUCUCGGGGCCUUUCCCUCGCCAAAUGCCCCUCCCUCUCCCUUGCCCGCACGAGCGCUCGUGCCAUGGGCUCUUACGCCACCUUCAAGGUUCCUCGCAUUGACAACGAGCCGAACAAACACUACGCCCCCGGAUCUCCUGAUCGCCGUGGUCUCGAGGAGGCCCUCGUCAGAACCAAGCAGAGCGGUCCCCUCAAUGUGCCUUUGGUGAUAGCCGGCAAGGAGAUCAAGAGCUCCCAGUCCGAGACCCAGAGCAACCCCGCCUCCCAUGCGCCCGUGGCCACUUACUCCAACGCCUCCGCCGCCGAGGUUCAGGCUGCUAUCGAUGCCGCCCUUGAGGCUCGCAAGUCGUGGGCUGCCACCUCUUUCGCCGACCGUGCCAGCAUCUUCCUCAAGGCCGCUGACCUGAUCUCGACCAAAUACCGCUAUGACAUCAUGGCUCUGACCAUGCACGGCCAGGGCAAGAAUGCCUGGCAGGCCGAGAUCGACUCUGCCGCCGAGCUGUGCGAUUUCUUCCGCUUCGGUGUCAAGUACGCCGAGGACCUGUACGCUCAGCAGCCCGUUCACCACGCUCCUGGCGUGUGGAACCGUGUUGAGUACCGUCCUCUGGAAGGAUUCGUCUACGCCAUCAGUCCUUUCAACUUCACUGCCAUUGGCGGUAACCUGGCUGGUGCUCCCGCCCUGAUGGGUAACGUUGUCGUCUGGAAGCCUUCUCCUUCCGCCAUCGCUUCCAACUGGCUCGUCCACCAGAUCCUCCUCGAGGCCGGUCUGCCCAAGAACGUCAUCCAGUUCGUCCCCGGUGACGCCGCGGAGGUCACCAACACCGUUCUCAACCACCCCGACUUUGCUGCCCUUCACUUCACCGGUAGCACUGCUGUGUUCCGCAGCCUCUACGGCCAGAUCGCCAACGGCGUCGCCGAGGGCAAGUACCGCAGCUACCCCCGCAUUGUUGGUGAGACCGGUGGUAAGAACUUCCACCUGGUCCACAAGUCUGCCGAUGUCCGCAACGCUGCUGUCCAGACUGUCCGCGGAGCCUUCGAGUUCCAGGGCCAGAAGUGCAGUGCCACCUCCCGUGCCUACGUGGCCGCGUCCAUCGCCAACGAGUUCAUCGAGAACGUUGUUGCCGAGACCAAGAACAUCAAGGUCGGCGAGCCCUCUGACUUCACCAACUUCUGCGGUCCUGUCAUCCACGAGGCCUCCUUCAACAAGCUGGCCAACGUGAUCGAUGAGGCCAAGAACGACCCCGAGCUGGAGCUCCUGGCCGGCGGUUCCUACGAUUCCUCCAAGGGAUGGUACAUCCAGCCCACCGUCUACCACACCAGCAACCCCGACCACCCUCUCCUCUCCCGCGAGCUCUUCGGUCCCGUCCUGGUCAUCCACACCUACGCCGAUGCCACCGAGGCCGACUUUGCCAAGAUCUGCGAGAAGGUCGACCAGACCGGCGACUACGGUCUGACCGGCUCCAUCUUCGCCCAGGACCGCGAGGUUCUCCGCAUCGCCGACGAUGCCCUGCGCAACACUGCCGGUAACUUCUACAUCAACUGCAAGAGCACUGGUGCUGUUGUCGGCCAGCAGCCCUUCGGUGGUGCCCGUGCCAGUGGUACCAACGACAAGGCUGGCAGUGGCAACCUGCUGUCCCGCUUCGUCAGUCUGCGGUCGAUCAAGGAGGAGUUUGUCCCGACCUACAAGGUUCCCUACCCUAGCAACGAUGCUUAGGGAGCUGAGUAGGAUGGGUGAUGAGCGAUGGUUGUUUGGCAUUUAUCCAUAUUCCCCAUGAGUUAUGCAUAUGUGGCGUUCGGUAAAAUUGUUUGUAUGAAUAGUUUAGUUUGAUUGAAUAUAUCCAGUCCACCGGAUACCUUCCAGUAUACUCACAAGUACUACACUAUAUCGAGCUUCACAAGUUCUACAUCCUACCCUCCCCGCAAUACUUACGAGCUAAACACCAUCCGCGCACCUCUCCAAAAACCUCCUCAUACUCCCCAUCGCCUCCCUCGCAAACUUCCCCACAUCCUCAAUCUCCUCAUCCCCAUUCACACCUCC